AUGACCGUUGACGCUUUAGUAGAAGAUUUAUAUUGCGGCUCGCAAAAUUGCUACGACGUUCUUGGAGUCAAACGGGGUGAUGUCAAGGCAACUAUUGCAAGAGCGUAUCGACGUAUGGCACGGAAAUACCAUCCUGAUAUUUAUAAGGGUAAAGACGCUGAACAAAAGUUUCGACUCAUCGCUAAAGCUUAUGAGAUAUUAAAAGAUGACGAAGAAAGGAAUAACUAUGAUUACAUGCUUGACAAUCCAGACCUGGUAUAUCGUCACUACUACCGAUACUACAAGAAGCGUGUAUCUCCCAAGGUUGAUAUCAGAGUUGUGGUUAUGGUCACAGUUACGGUAGUUUCACUGAUACAGUAUCUUGCAGGACUAAAUAGAUAUAAUGACGCCAUCAAGUACGCGCUAAGAGAUCAAAGAUAUAGAAAUCAGGCUAUAGAAGUAGCUAAAAGUAAGGGCCUAUGGAAUACUUCAAAGAAAAAGGGCAAAAGGUCGAAGAUGAUAGGUGGCUACAAAAAACCUUCAGUAUUCGAUGUUUUAUUUUUUCAGCUUUGUUUUAGUCCUCUCUACAUAGUUCAAUACAUCUUCUGGUACUUGCGUUGGCUUUGGAAAUUUAACGUCAAUAAAGAACCCUACGGACCAGAAGAACGAAUUUACCUCACUAGAAAAAAGUUAGGUCUUUCUGCAACGAAAUGGGAAUCUUUACCGGCAGAAAAGCAGUCAAAUUUUGAGAGUAGAGAAUUAUGGAUUGAUGAAAAUUUUAAGACAUUCACGGCUGAAAUGGAAGAAGACAUGAGGGUCAAGAACGCAAGCAGUAACAAAUACAAAAUGUACAGGCGAUACAUGAAAAAUCACAAGCCAUCGGCUAUGCAGAUAGAUUAA